ACCCGGGUGAGGGGCGGGAGUACGCGCGGUAAUGGCGGCGGGGACGGAGCUGUGCCCGCACUGCCAGCGGCCCUUCAAGCGGCUCCGCGCGCACCUCCCGCACUGCAAGGCCGCGCCACCAUCGGCACCGCCACCGGCACCGGGACCAGCUUCAGCCGCCCGCCCGCCCCCCGCACCGCCGUCGGCCAAGGGAAGGAGCCGCCAGCCCAGCCCCGCCACCGGCAGCGCCUCCCGCGCCGUGCGGGACGUGGCCCGGAGCCUGGAUCUGCACCCCGAGGAGGUGCGGGAUGUGCCCGGGAAGCUGCAGAAGGGGGUGAAGGUGGUGAUCCACAAGAACCGCGCCAGGGUGCUCCGGGAGAAGGAGCCGCGGAGCAGGGCAGGAGCAGCGGGGAGCGGCGGGGAAGGGACGGAGCCCGGCCCCGCUCCUCUCCCGCAGCGCCGCAAAACCGCCCCAAAAUCCACCAGCAAGGAGACUCCGAGCCACGGAGCCGUGCGGAGCGGGAGCUCCAAGGGACAGAAAAGCGGUUUAAAGGCAACAAAGGCAGCUGCAGAGCCCCCCGAGAGCAGAAGUGGCCUCGGUGACCUGGUCCAGCGGGGGGGAAGAGACAAAUCCGCGGCAGGAGAGGAGCGGGGGCACCGGGAAGUUGGGGUGGGAUCUGAACCCCCCGUGUCUGCUUCGCAUCCCAGGAACCUCCUCCGUCUGUCCCUGACAGAGGCGUUGGGAGGUCACGGCCGGGGAACAUCCAGGAAUGAGCUCAGCAGCCUGCAGAGGCCGCGGGACAGCGGGGAGCAGCUGCAGGGAGCCCCCGAGCCCAUCGUGAACCUGGGCACAGCCCCACAGCUGGCUCUGCUCCACACCCCCAAAAUCCAGCCCCCCUGUUCAGCCCAGGCCUCGGGCUUGGAGUGGUUUCCAGAGCUGUACCCUGAUUAUGAAGGGCUGAGGAUUUUGCCAGGGAAGCGUUUUCACGAGGAUGUGAGGAUCGCUGCUGGGGCACCCCAGGGUGCUUUCACACAGGGACAGCAAGGUCCCCUCUGGGAGAGACCCCUGAUGGAGGUGAGGCUGGGGGAGCUGCACACCUGGAUCAGCACCUGCAACUUCUCUCCCCAGGGGCUGCUGGGAGCAGCGCAGAGAGCCUGGAGCAGUUACUGUGCCAAAUACAUCCACGUGAGGCAGGGGGGACCUGCUGGAAUCUCCAUGCUCCUGGCUGGGUACUGCCUGCUCAGCUAUGGCUGGAACUAUCAGCACCUCAAGCGACACCGCUGGCGAAAAUAUCACUGAAGGAGCUGGAGCAGCAGCCAGGGAACAGCCAGAGCUCUUUGGGAGGCUGCAGAGCAGCCAGGACCGGGGUCCCAGCAGGAAUUGGCAGCUGCAGGGGCCUGGCUGGGGCUGGAGCUGAGCAGGGGCUGCGUUGCAGGUCAGCUGGUGCAGCAGGGAGGUGACAGGGACAGCCUGUGGUCACCUCCCCAUGCAUCAGGCAGCUUCGAGUAGUGAAAUGAGGAAGCAUUAGAGGCACCCUGAGAGAUCUCCAGGAGAGCUCCUGGAGGCUGCAGAGUCCCAGAUCCCUUCUUUGGGACACGGGACAUGAGCUGUCAUUAGAGAUAAUUUGACAAUUCUGCUGUAGCUGAGUGUUGUAGCAGGGUGGGCUUCAACCCCAGUACUCAUUCCCUUUAAAUUCAGAGCUGUGCCAGGCCCAGCCCAGUUUGUACUCACCCCUGGCACUGCUGGGGCUGGCCAGGACCUGUGUGAAGGCACUGGAGCAGCAGCUCAGACCACAGCACCCUAAUUCUGGGGAAGAAAACUGCAAGGGAUGAGCUGUUGUGCCCAGAGGGCAAACCCGUGCCUGCAGCAGACAAACCAGGACAGUCAGGAGUGCUAGUUGGAGCCUGCCAUCCCCAGACAUGUCUGGGAAAGGGUUGGUCAUGUUGCAGGCACGAAGGGCAAAAAGAAAAGCCAAGAAUUAAAAGUCUGAGCUCUUUAUUCUGCA